GAGCGACACAAGGUGUAACUGAGUUGCGUUAGAAUCUUAAUGACUCCGAGGCUGGAUACGUCUAUUUCAAGACAAAGCGUGAAACUCACAUUUGUUUUUUCCCAAAAACUCAAAUAAACAAAAAUUUUAAUUUUUGAUGACGCUAGAGCCUUGUAUUAUUCUUUAAUUUUUCUCUCAGUGACUUUGAGCCUUAAUAUUCUUAUAGACUAUAUUCUUAUAAAAAAGUGUGCAUUGGAAAACUGUCUAUAAGGGCCUCAUGGAAGCAGUCCCAAGCUCAUCCGGAAAACCUUUAAGAAAAAGGUGUCUUUUCUCCUCAAACCUAGGACAGUCAAUCUUAGAAAAAGGGGUUAUGUUUGGAAUUUGGAAGAAAAUUACUGAAAUUGUCUUUAAAACCAAUCUAGGCGAAAAUUUUUCUUCGCUGACAAUAUCACAGCAUCUGAUACAUUGUCCAUUGAUAUAACUAUGAAACCCAAAGAUUCUUUAGAAAGAGCACCACCUCAAUUUGAUUCAAUACAAAAUUUGGAACCAAAGACUUUUGCAUGCAUAAGGUCAUUUACAAUUUAUAACAGAAAUGUGGAAAAUUUUUAACGACGUGUUCAUUUUACACUUUUUACCUUUCUAGAAAAAUUUAUAAGCCAACAAAAAUAAGAAUCAUAUAACUAGAACUUCAGCAUUCUCAAAAAGAGAAGCCCAAUAAGUACAAUUUUAGACAAAAGAGUGUGACAGAGUCGCAGUGUAGCAGAGCAGAAAUUCUUGCUCACUAUGUUUUCUGAACCAAGCUUAUUAUCAUUAAGUAUUAUGUUUCAGUGAAAAGGGUACGAAAGUUCACAUAUAAGUCAGAGGAAAGAAUGUUUUUUAGACCUCUCGAAUGAGCUUGUGUACACCACUGAAGAAUGAGAGUGGGCACGUCGGGGAAGCGCUUUUAUUUGUAACAUAGUCAACCAGAAUAAUCGUUCAUCUCAAAAUAUGCUGCGCCGGUGACAACCACGUCUUGUCACGCAUUGAGUUAUCUGGAUUUUGGUCACGCUCAUUUUAGGUCCUGCCUGUUCUGGGAUGACAUAUCGACAUGCUGGUUAUUUGUACAAUUAUGUAUCUUUAUCUAUUUCGAAAAAGACCAUUAAAUUCAGAUCUUAGCUUUUCUGGCGAAUUUAAGAAUGAUUCUAAUGAAAAUUAUUGAAAAGAUCACUCAUCACGACCGGUUUUUGUUCUGUUCAAAUGAGUUUCCUCGUUUCACCUUAACCAUAAUCUCUAAUUGAUGGAUGUUACACACAAUUGAUAUUCCUUUCAAAUGCUGAAAUUCUCUAUCACUUACAUAACUUAUGUUUAUGCUUUCAUAGCACGCUGAUAUACAUUUUAAAUCUGCGGUUAUAUCAAAUAAAGAUAUUGAGAGUUAGAAGGGACGUGGUAUUUUUUCAGCAGCUGUAUCUGAAUCAGCUUUUUCAAGAGGUAUAUUGUUGCUUGUCUAAAGCCGGAGACUAUUGAAAUUCAUUUUGUCUCUCGAAUGGGGAGAUAACAGAUAGGUUGUUUGGUUAACCUAAUUUCAGGGAAGGAACGAUAUAAGCUAUAAGAAUGAUAAUAAAUAGCAAUGAUAAAACUUAUUUAUUUACAUUUGAUUUAAGUAAUUGUUUCAACAAAAACUAAUAAAUAUCAACUAUUCACAAAUAAGAUUUGGUAUAAUAUCUGUGGUGGGAAACAAAGGAAACGAAUCAACGAAUUUCAAUGAUAAAAGUUAUUUAGAUGCACAGACAUGGGUCUCUUUGGUAAACAUUCAACCAUCAAUCUUCAAAUCCCAAAGUUUUGCCGUAGCGAGAUGAUAUUUCUUUUAGAAAAUGGUGCAAAUGUUCGAUGGCACAAGGAUCAGCACCAUAACAAAGGAGAUUCUCUAUAUCUGCUCCACCUAAUACCUUGAUGAUACAUACCAAACUAUACAACGCAUGUUUAUUUUAUUGCAAUCGUCUUAUUUCUAAGAAUGAUCUAAAUAUAAGCAUCUCUACAAUUUCCCAAGCUUGAAGCUGAUUUUAACCAUUGAACAUUUUAGGUGAUAGUAGAUUUGUUUCUGAAUUAGUCAAAAUAUUCAAAAAUUCCAUUUUGGUGUCUAGAAUUUUGCCUCCUUGAAACUGACGGAAUUCACUUUCCUGCAACCUGGCUUCGAUUUUUACGAAAAAACUGGAUAUCGCCCACGAAGUAUCAAACGCAACCGACGGCGGGUUAAGUUUGAUGAUCUGAAAGAACAUGUUUCGUGAAAUAUUUAGCAGUUCACAGCGCAGCUGUCUCUUGGUAUAUGCUUAAAAUGCAAGUGAUUUUGAAAAAAUACUUAGUUUAAGAUAGAGCAACGAGUUUGCUUCUGAUAGCAGUGGAAGAUACUUCAAAUCUCUCAAAGAAUCGUCGACGUAUCAAGGAAGGAUCAGCCGGCGUCAAAACGAAACAAGGGAAAUGUGAAGCGCACCGUUUAUAGACGAGGAACCCAGUCAUUAUCAAGUAUGGCUGCAAGGAAGGUGCCUAUUGUUCCUGUGAAGUACAGCUUCGAAGGACAGAAUACAACGGCAAGAAAAAUUUCUGUUGCGCCAAAGAAAGCAAGACGUCGUAGUGAGCCAUUCCUCUUCACCUCUGCUGGAAGGUUGAGAAAGACCUCAGCCGUUUGUCCUCCGCGGCAAUUCCAAGCAGUAUCGUACAAAAGGCGACUCUCAACCACAAAUGCAUUGCUGCCUAGUGCCAACAAAAUCAGGCUUCAAGAGUUAGCCAACACUGAGCUUUUAGCGAGUUUGAAUGAGCCGUUCGGCAAAGAUGAAUCGGAACAGGAGUUAUCUGAUGAUGAAAAGGAAGAAACAGACUUUGCUAUAUCUGAACCAGAAAACGAACUGAGGAAGCUAACAGAACUAAAAAGAGUGAAAGUUAUCGAAGAGAUUUUCGAAACCGAGAGGAAAUAUAUUUCGUGUUUGGACACCGUUGACAAGGUUUUUAAAGUACCAAUGCUUGAUGGCGGUAUUGCACAGGAGAAGGAUGUUAAUGCUCUGUUUCCGUCAUGUUUGUCAACAAUAAAAGAGUGUCAUUCUUGGUUCAUGGAGCAGCUAGAAAAUCGGAUGAAAAGUGAUGAUUGGUCGGGUGGCAUUGGGGAUAUCCUCGGGAAAAUGGCUGGGCCACUAAAAGAAAACCUCUUAAACGUGUAUACAGACUAUGUGAAUGCAUUCCCGAAAUCGAUAAGCACAUUUAGCAAGUGUACAAGAGCUUCCCACAAAUUUAGGAAGUUUAUCGAGGACUGUUACUGCAGGAGUGACAACCUCGAUCUUCCAUCGUAUUUGAUAACACCAGUACAAAGACUUCCACGCUAUGUUUUACUGUUAAGACAACUUUCAAAAUACACAAAUGAGGAUCACCCGGAUAAUGGAUCGAUUAAGACUGCCCUUCUGCAAAUGGAGGAGCUUAUUACGUCCCUGAACAGCUCUAUACACAAUUCUAUGCAAGCGUAUACAGCCAGGGAGUCAGAAGCUCGAAAAACAAUCCGAAGGCAACUAUCACGAAGAAGAAAGAAGCCCAGGCCUGUUUCUUUGAACUUAAAGGACCUUAAAACAGACGAGAAAAACCCCAAAGCGACAUCACCCGAACAGCACAACAAGGCAAAUAGGCGAAAUAGCAUUGCAGAGCCCAUUCAUUUGCAGACAGUACCUGAGCAGACGAAUGGAGAUGAGCAAGAUGCGAAAGAAUAUCUGCGAUCUCGGUCUCAUGGAAACAACUCACGGCUAUCCUCGCCCUCAAACGAAGAAGCAGGAAAUGUCGUUAUGAGAAAAAAUAAGACGGAUAACAGAAAAUCGUUCAGGAGGUCUCUUGGAGCUGCGCUAUCUUCUUUGUGGUCCCCAAGAGAAGACAAGGAACAUAAAAGUGCCAAUGAUAAUCCGAUUCAAUGCACUGAAAAUGAUAUCCAAGUAGACGCCAAUGCUAAUGGAAAUCUACCUUUAAGAAGGAAAGUUGGUGUUGCUUAUCCUUCAUCGGCAACAGUUCUUGACUCGGAAGUUAUGGACACGACCCAGUCGAUAAAAAGCGAUGACGAGGUUGUGAAGAAAAGGCGGUUUUCGGGAUCUUUUCGUGAAAGAACUAGAAGUUUCAAGAUUCAAGUAAGAAGACGCUCAGGCACAUGGUUUUCAACCUCUGCCUUGAAGAACUCCGAUCUUAAUCUCACAGGAAACGACGGUUCGAGUUCACACACCCCUUCCAUAACUGUAUCCGACGAACAUUCGCUAGAUGACGGGUCUCCCCGAACACCUCGUCGUAAUACGAAAAGCCGGUCGUCAUUCAUGUCGUUGUUUAGCAAGCGUAAAUUAAAAUCGAACGAUAACGAUAGUUCAAAACCAGAAAGGAGAAGAUCGGAAUGCCACACGAAAACUGAGAACAGUGAACUCGCUUACAAUCGAAUGUCAACGUCAAUAAGUGCUCCAUUGAUUGCUGCCCAGCGAAAGGAGUCGAUGGUUUCGAAGGUAAAUGAAGUAAUUUCUGAAGAAGGUUUAGAGAGUGCUGUUGAUAUUAAGUACGAAGAAGAGGACGCUACAACAAAGGAACAAUCAGUUGACGACGAAAAUCUACAGGCUAAUGGCUCGAUUCAAACGCAAGAAACAGCUGUCAACAAUUCUUCCGAGAAAAAGCAUAAAAAGGGGAAGUUAAUGAAAACUCUCAGAAAUAUUAUUGGAAAGGGAAAAGGUUAAGCAAUAUAUUGAUUUUACUAUCGAAGAAUGGAUUAGAAAGAGGUAUUGAAAUUUCGUUUGCAAUUGAUCUACUUCUAUGUAUAUAGAAGUAAAAACGUUUUGAUCGCUGCUUGCAAAUCGGAAAAGAACUGUUCUGAUUAAAUCCAAAUUUAUCUGGUUUUGUAUUUUCUGAGUGUCUCCUCAGGAAAAGUUUCCAGGCUUUGCGUGAGCUUAUGAAUCGUAAUGUCUAGACAUUUACCUAUACCCGAACUUUAUCAUCCUCUAAUUGUAGAAGUCAUCCGCAGUAAACUAUUCCCUUUUGUAAAAAUUACGAGAAAACUUUUCUUCAAUCGAAUAAAAUUAGAAAAUCGUAUAUAUUUAUUAUUUUGCAAGAAUUUAUCAAACAAAGAGCUUACUGAGAAUAACAAUACUUGUUUCAAUAUUUCACAUUUCUUUAAGAUUAUGCUCCCUCAAUUCAAAGAAUUUCUAGGUUUUUCAUGAACUUCUUUGCCCUUUUUCAUUCAGUAAUGUUCAGAAUUUGUAAAUGAGAAGUUAUCAGAAAGAAUGAUUUGUACAAAGCAUGUGUAUAAUAUAUGUCAAAGGAAAUAGUUAUCGUUUCGUUUUAAUGAAAGUAAUAAUAUUCAUAGUUUUUUAUCUAUAUAAUUAUAAAUUUAUAAUUAAUGUUAUAAAACCCACCAGUCUUAUUUAUAAAGAGGUAAAUGAGAAAUCAACAAAUUCUGAGACAAUCCGAA